UAUUAAAAUGCAGGGCACUUUAACUCAACCUUUCAAUAAAUUGUGUUUGUGUUCAAAAUUUCCAUUUUCGUUUUUAAGAUUUGAAAAAAGAAACCAGAAAAUAUGUCCUCGGGAAAGCGAAAGACGGCAAUGUCGCCACAGGAACUGCUCAAGGCACUCACCCUGUCCGGCGACGAGGAGCUGGACAUCGAGAUCCGCCACUGGGUGCUGUGGGACCGCAACGAGGCGACGCUCAACCAGGUGACCGGGGCGGUGAAGGAGGAGGACUGGGAUGUGCUCCGGAUAAGGCUGUGCAGCAGGAUUCAGUACCUCGGGACUGGAAUGCGAGGCGGGAUGCGGGCGGGCUUCGAUUCCAUCAACGAUGUGGUUAUCAUUGGGGCGGCCCAGGGAAUUUGCGCCUACAUGAUGGACUUCUAUCCGAGCAUCCAGAAGCGCACGGAGCAGGGCGUGGUCGUGGGCUACGAUGGGCGUUACAAUAGCAAGCGAUUUGCCCAGCUCAUAGCCGCCGUCUUCCUGAACAACGACUUUAAGGUGUUACUAUUCAGUCGGAUGGUUCCCACACCCUUCAUCCCCUUCACAAUCGUGACGCUCAAGUGUCUGGCUGGGGUCAUUGUCACCGCCUCGCACAAUCCCAAGGAGGACAAUGGUCUCAAGGUCUAUUGGACCAAUGGGGCCCAGGUCAUGGAUCCGCAUGAUCAGCGAAUCAAUGAGUAUAUUGGCAAGAACCUGGAGCCGAAGGCCUCGUCCUGGGAGCUCUCUAUGCUGGAUGGAAAUCCAUUGCUCGAAGAUCCCUACCGCCUCAUAUUCCCGCAGUUCUAUGCGGCUGUGAAGAAGCUCAUUCCGCCGACUUUUCUGGAGUCCAACGAGUGCAGCCAACUGAGAUUCGUCUACACACCGCUGCAUGGAGUGGGCUUUCCCUUCAUGCGGGAGGCCUUUUACCAGGCAAGACUCAAGCCCUUGAUCCCAGUGCCCGAGCAGAAGGAUGUGGAUCCGGAGUUCCCUACUCUACAAAAGCCCAAUCCGGAAUCUGGAAGGGAGGCCCUGAGGCUGGCCAUCAAGAAAGCAGAGCAGGAGCACUGCACUCUGGUGCUGGCCAAUGAUCCGGAUGGGGAUCGUCUGGCCGUGGCGGAGCUGGAUCCUCGAGGACGCUGGAAGGUGUUCACUGGCAACGAACUGGCCGCCCUGCUGGGCUGGUGGGCCCUGGAGAGCUACAAGGUGCGGGUGGCCAAGCCGCAGGUGUCCAACUGCAUAAUGAUAGGCUCAGUGAUUGGUUCUCGCAUCCUGGCCUCCAUGGCCCGCGUGGAGGGAUUCGUUUACGUGGAGGGCAUGCCCAGCUUCCCCUGGAUGGCCAAUCGGGCAUUGGAGCUGGAAAAAGCCGGACGGACGGUGCUCUUUGCCUUUGAGGAUUGCUUUGGCUAUAUGUUUGGCAUGGCUAUACCGGACAAGGAUGGCAUCGGACCUGCCAUGCAGCUGGCCACCAUGGCUUGCCACCUAAGGAGCAGCCGGAAUGUGACACUAAUUGAGAAACUCCGGGAGAUCUAUGAGACGUAUGGCUUCCACUCCUCCCUGAGCUCGUACCUGGAGGCGGAAUCAUCCGAGGUCAUUGAUGACAUCUUCGAAAGGAUAAGAAAAUCCACGGAGGAUUUCGGCUAUCCCAAGAGCAUACUUGAGGGCGAGUUCGAGGUGGUGCAUGUCCGGGACUUGACCACUGGACUGGAUACCUCAUAUUCCGAUCGGAAGGCAAAAAUGCCAGUGGAUCCCUCGACCCACAUGAUCACCUUCACGUUUACGAAUGGCUUCAUUGUCACUCUGAGAGUGGAUGCCCAAGCCCAAGUCCCAAUGAUAAAGGUCAAUGCCGAGAUUGCUGGUCUGCCGGAGGAGCAGGACUGGGAGGAUCUGCAGGAGAAGCUUAACAGGAUGACCAAUGCUGUGAUCGAGGAGUUCCUUCAGCCCGAGGAUUAUGGUCUUAUUGAUCCACGAAAGGCAUCUGUGUAGGUUGAUUUACACGUAUUAAAGGGGAUAUAUUUUUUGGAA